GAAGAUCGUAGAACAGGAGCAAACAAAUGAUUCAUAAUCUGCUGAGGUUUUACUUAGUAAUCUGAUUGCUGCAUAAACUAUAAAUACGACUAUUUUUAUAGAAUAAAGUUCGAAACCAGCCAGAUCUACCUACAAGCACUGUCUUACACAUUAACACUAAGAUUUGUUUUACCAUCUAAAUUAGAAAGUAUCCUGAGGAUUUAACCAUGUCUCAGCAACCAUAUCCAUCAGCAGGGACAUACCCUCCACCAGGAGGCCCACCACCCCCAUAUUCAGACUCCUCUCAGAAUCCCAUGCAGCCUGAUCCUGCUACACCACAAGCCUCUGCUGCCUCCUCCAACACUCAUGUUACUCACGACAAAGUAAAUACAAAACAAGAACAGCCCAAAGAAAAGAUUAAAAAUGUUUUUGGUGCUAUAAAAACUGAGGUUGAAAACUUUACUAAAGGCGGCUUCUUCUCCAACUUAAAGAAAGAAGCUGAAAAGGUGGGGAAGCAGCUGGGCCAUGAGCUGGACAAGGCAGGGAAAACUAUCAAUGAUGCUGUGGACAGGAACUACCAGUCUGCUCUCUUGGACCUGUUCAAGAAUGGCAACGUAGUUCAGCUUGUCUCUAGGGUAACAGGGAGGACUUUACAAAUCGUGAUAAGUUCUACAGGCCAAAUGGUGCUGGAUGCUAAUGGCCCACUGGAUCCUAAUGCAUUUAACACCCUCUGGACUGUAACAAAUGAAGGGAGCAAUCAAGUUCGCCUGCACAAUUACCAAAAUUACAUUACAGUUAUAGAUGGUGAAACUGUAAUCAGAACUUAUCCUCCUGGAACAGCUACUGGCCCGGAGACCAAGUUCCAGCUCAGCCAGAUCCACCAGCAGUUUGUCAUGCUGGAGUCUCUGAAGGAGAAGAACAGACAUGUGGGCUUCAUGCCUUCAGGGGAGCUAAAGCCUGCGCUGGCUACCAUCAAAGAGCCCAGCUCACAGUUGGGAGUCAAGCUUGUGUCAACUCCCUACCCAGUAAUAACACCAGUGGCCACCAGCAAACCAAAGUAAUUUGUCAACUAAACCAGAGGAAAUUGUGUGGCAUGCAUUUAGUGAAUCUUUAGGUUAAUGAUCUAAAUAUAGCCAUUUACUACUAUUAUUUGUUAGUUACAGUAGGUUAUUAGGCAUCUUACAUCAACUCUGAAA